CAACGCCGUACUUUAUUUUUUUUUUGUCUAUCGAUCGAAUUUCUCGACAGGGAGAUUGUCAGCGAGUACUGCCGCGAGGUCAGGCGGCUCGGGCUCCGGCUUCUCGGCAUGAUCUCCCUCAGCCUCGGCCUCGAGGAGGACUACAUCGAGAAGGCCCUCGGCGAGCAGGAGCAGCACAUGGCCGUGAACUACUACCCGCAGUGCCCGGAGCCGGAGCUCACCUACGGCCUACCCAAGCACACGGACCCCAACGCCCUCACCGUCCUCCUCCAGGACCCCAACGUCGCCGGCCUCCAGGUCCUCAAGGACGGCAGCCGGUGGAUCGCCGUCAACCCCCGGCCAAACGCUUUCGUCAUCAACCUAGGCGACCAGCUGCAGGCUCUGAGCAACGGCGCGUACAAGAGCGUGUGGCACCGCGCGGUGGUGAACGCGGCGCAAGAGCGCAUGUCGGUGGCAUCUUUCCUGUGCCCGUGCAACAGCGCGGUGAUCAGCCCGGCGGCGGGGCUCGUCCGCGACGGGGACGCGCCCGUGUACCGGAGCUACACCUACGACGAGUACUACAGCAAGUUCUGGAGCAGGAACCUGGACCAGGAGCACUGCCUGGAGCUCUUCAGAUGCGCCCAGCUGCAGCUCCAGUAACAAUUUGGCACUACACUGCUGGAGGGUUUGCUUUGCUUGUAAACUAAUAGGUUUGAUUGGCUCGCUUGUUUCGUGAAACAUCGUACGCCGGCCGGCGGCAUUCCGUGCCCGAAUGUGGUACCCGGCCGCUUCGGCGGGCAACCACG